UAACAAACUGUUCAGCAACUUAAAAAAGGUCUUUUUGUAUGUUUGCGUGCAUGUCAGAAAGAGGAGGCUGCUGAUUUUCUCAAAUGUUCUGACUGGGUUUUGGAUCAUGGGUGGAGCAACUCCUACUGACUACAGUCCCCAUUGGUCAAUUAGAGCUGCACGAAGCUUUUUAACAAGUUUUUGUCUUCAGACCAAGUAUAAUCUGUGUUGGAAUUGCUGCCCUGUGAAUUCCAAACUCAGGGCAAAAGUAGGGUAAAGGUAGUUACAAAGUAGAAGCCAAAACUAUAGCAAAAAGACAAAAUCUGGAGGAGCUGUCGGUUGGGUUUUUUGGUGGUUUUUUGUUUGUGCUUUUUGUGUUUGUUUUGUUGUUUUUUUUUUAAAGAAGGAAUACCUGCAAAUUUGCUUCUGUGCACUGAACAAUAAACUGUUGGUUUUAAUAACUUUUCAACAGAAAAGAAACCUGCAUUUGAGACAUUCAGACUACUAAACAGGAGGAAAAGCAGCAGCCUGAAGCAUACCUCGCCUGGUUUAUUAAAACAGGAACUACAUUGCUAAAUGAUGGAAGAAAAAAACUUUCCAAAACAUGGAGAUAAGGAUGCAACACAGCUACAUCUGUUAUCCUGAAAUAAAAAGAAAAAUUGUCGAAAGAUCACUAUGCUCCAACUUGCAAACCUCUGCAUGUUAUGGUGUUAUAAUAAUUUGGAUGUGCUGGUGAGCCCUACAUAAACUGAAUGUCUUUUUAAUUGAAAACAACCUUGUUGAAAAAAACAGAUUGAAGAAUAAAUAAAUUGAGAAAAAUAUUUUAGGUGACUGGGUGGGGAUAGAAAAUGAGGCAGUGAAAGACCUUUUGGGGAAAUCGAUAAACAGGUGAAUAAACACGUAGAGUGGAAGCUGUAAUAUCUGAGGAACUGGAGAAGAUACCCAAGGAAAAGAAAGCCACCAGAAAGUAAGAGUAUGGCAAUGAUGAAGGAGAUUCUCCGAUCCAGAAAUCUCUUGCUCGUUGUUUUGAUUCCACUUCUGCUGCUUCCUCUGCCACUCUUAUAUCCCAGCAGCGAAGCCUCAUGCGCCUACGUGCUGAUCGUGACAGCUGUAUACUGGGUCUCUGAAGCGGUACCUCUUGGUGCAGGAGCCUUAGUUCCUGCUUUCCUAUACCCACUUUUUGGAGUCAUGAAGUCCAGUGAGGUGGCUGCUGAAUAUUUCAAGAACACAACUUUGCUCCUCAUGGGUGUGAUUUGUGUGGCAGCUUCUGUAGAAAAGUGGAAUCUUCACAAGCGAAUUGCCCUGCGCAUGGUCAUGAUGGCAGGAGCAAAGCCAGGCAUGUUGCUUCUUUGCUUUAUGUGUUGCACAACGGUGCUUUCCAUGUGGCUUUCCAACACAUCCACCACAGCCAUGGUGAUGCCAAUCGUGGAGGCAGUGCUCCAGGAGCUAGUGAAUGCUGAGGAGGAGCAUGAGGUCAUCAGUACUGCAGGCAGCACCACUGUUGAAGAAAAGGAGCCAAUAGGUCUCAGCGAAAAGAAUGGCCAGCCUUCACUGGAGCUCAUCUUCAUCAAUGAGGAUGCUACUACUACUGACUUCAGCUCCUUGAUGCACUCAAAGAGUAUGAAUGGUGUGCACAUGAUAGCCAACUCUAUUGGAACGAUGAAUUCUAAGAGCAAUGGGCAGCACCUACCUCAGGCUCAGAUACUGGUCCUGCCUCCUAAGCCCUCAGAACUGGGCCUGAGCACUAAGUACCGGUAUCAGACCAGACAUGACCACAUGGUCUGUAAAUGCCUCUCACUAAGUAUCUCCUACGCGGCAACCAUUGGAGGACUGACAACCAUCAUAGGGACCUCCACUAGCCUCAUAUUCUUAGAGCACUUCAACAACCACUACCCAAAUGCUGAAGUGGUGAAUUUUGGAACCUGGUUUUUAUUCAGCUUCCCCAUCUCCCUCAUCAUGUUGGUCCUGACUUGGUUCUGGAUGCAUUGGCUGUUCUUGGGUUGCAAUUUUAAAGAGACCUGUUCUGUGAGCAAGAAGAAGAAGACCAAACGGGAAGAAAUGUCAGAGAGAAGAAUUCAAGAAGAAUAUAAGAAACUGGGAAAUGUUAGCUAUCCUGAGAUGGUGACUGGAUUUUUCUUCAUUCUGAUGACCUUGCUUUGGUUUACUCGUGAGCCUGGCUUUGUACCAGGAUGGUCAUCUUUUUUUGAGAGGAAAGGUUACCGGACUGAUGCCACUGUCUCUGUAUUUCUUGGGUUUCUCCUUUUCCUGAUUCCAGCAAAAAAGCCAUAUUUUGGAAAAAGGGGGAAGGGAGAUGGUGAAAAGUCAACAGACAUGAACACAUUGGAUCCCAUCAUUACCUGGAAGGACUUCCAGAAGACCAUGCCAUGGGAGAUCGUAGUGUUGGUUGGAGGAGGUUAUGCAUUAGCAGCUGGAUGCAAGACCUCUGGUCUCUCUAUGUGGAUUGGACGCCAAAUGCUGUCCCUGAGCAGCCUUCCCUACUGGGCUGUAACUCUGCUGGCCUGCGUUUUGGUGUCCCUGAUAACGGAGUUUGUUAGUAAUCCAGCAACCAUAACUAUCUUUCUGCCUAUUUUAUGCAGCAUGUCAGAAACCCUGCUUAUCAACCCUUUAUACACCCUGAUUCCUGUCACCAUGUGUAUCUCGUUUGCGGUGAUGCUGCCAGUGGGUAAUCCUCCAAAUGCCAUUGUCUUCAGUUAUGGGCACUGCCAGAUUAAGGAUAUGGUGAAAGCUGGCCUGGGCGUAAAUCUGAUCGGCCUGGCUGUUGUCAUGGUGGCAAUCAACACCUGGGGAAUUAGACUCUUCCAGCUGAAUACUUUUCCAGAAUGGGCAGCAGUCAGCAACAUCACUAGCCAAACAUAAUCCUCCAUGAAAGAUAAGAAAAAAAAUUAAAAAAUGCAAGACCAAAGCAAGUUGGGAUAAAAUAUUAAAACUACAUUGCACAUACGAAAGAAAGGAGAAAACUUGUGUAUAUGUAGAACCAAGAUCCAUAGCAAAACCAUGAAGAAAAUCCACAGGGAGGUCUUCUGCAUAAGCUUUUCCAUUCUGAAAAUCAACAAGAGUUAAAAGGAGAGAUUAAUCUUGCUCUAUUUUUUCCCUGGGAUACCAUAACUGAAAUAACACUCUCCUCCAAAUUCUCUGCCUAUGUUUUUUUCAUGCCCUAGAACAACUAUGUAGGACUUGUAAAACAGGGGAUAUAGGACGCCAAUGGCAGAAGACAAGUACAGACACACUGGUGUACUCAGUAGCCAAGUAUUCAGUCCUACCAUUGACUCCUACAGUGAAUAAAGGGUGAGUCUUAUUCACAAACCCAGAGUUUUAUAAACCUACUUCUUUUAAAGGCAAAUUAUUAUUCUUGUGAGGUGACUCAUCACUGUGUUGGAAAAAAACACUUUCCUGUCUAACCACAUGGCCUGGACAGAAACACAACUACCAACUACAGUAUUUCAAAGGGAUAACAGAGACCAACAAACAGAUAGGAAGAAGUCUUCUCAGAAGGAGAAUUUUUUUUUUUCCACAGCACUAGUAUAAAGUUUCCAGUGUUGCAGUACUUGCAGUCUCUGCUUUGGAAGAAAGAGCUUCAGAAACAGAUAGAAAGUUUUGUUCAAUACCUUCUUUCCUUGUCAUUGUACUGCAGCGGGGACACUGACCAGCAAAACCUUACCAGGCCAACAGGCCCAUUGGUCUCCUCUCUUUGGCUGCUGUUUAGUUAGUUAUGCAGUUAUGAUUUCCCUGACAGAGAAAGUACAAUCUCAUCCAAGAUGGCACUCAGUGCUGCUCCAUGAGUAAGAAGGGAGAGGGCUGAAGUGGAGUGGUGCUGGUCUAUCUCCUCAUUGUGUGCAUUCACUUGAACAUCACACCCACCUGCUCUCUAGCAGCCCAGGGAACAGGAACUUCAAAUGUUGGAAACUGUGACGUAGAGUGGAUAACUACUAAACCAAAAGGCCAAUGUCUUUAUAGUCUGCAAAGUGAAUGCCCUGCUUUUCUGACUGGAUCCCUGUGAUACUCAGUAAACCUUCUCUUGUAUUAUGCCCUGGUUUUAAUAAUUUCUUUAAUGUCAAUGCAUUUAAGUUGUUUGUUAGGAUGAUCGAAUCUCAUGUAAUCAUGCUCUUUAUAUAUACACUUUAAUGAUUUUUUAUGCUUUACAUUUAUAAUCUAGUCUCUAGAUAUUAGUGGGAAUAUCUAUUCUACAAAAAUAAAAUGUCAAUAAAAUAAAUUAUUCACUACUGCAUAUUGUGGUGCUCUAUGAGAAUAUAAAUAGGAUAUAUUUCACCUCACAACUCACCGAGUUCUUAGGGAAGCAGUGUUGAGCAAGACGCGUUCGUUACUGCUUCUGCCAAAACAGAGGGAUCCCAAAGACUUGUCUUGGAAAUAAACAGAUAGAGUAAAAACAUAGGUUGGCAGAAGAGGAAUGAAAUGGUAGGGGGAAAAAAUAAAACAAAUCACAAAAUCAUGAUUUAGCCCUUGUACAAAAAGCAGGAGGCAGCAUCCCUUAGCAAAACCAUUGCUACUCAUAGUAGUUCCUGUAAACCUGGUUUUGAAAAAGCAUUCCUGUGAAUUAACAUCUCAGUGCAUUCCCAUGCCCUCCUAAUCCACAAAACAAGACCUCAGCCUCACUUUCUCAACGCUUCUCAACUACCCAGUCCCUGUGUUGCCCCUAUCCUGAGCCUGCUGCUCUGCUGCACCCCAGCAUACAAAACUCAUGCCUGCCGCUGGGAUCCAGAUCCUCCACACCACUCCGGCUCCCCUCCUUGGGCGUUUUGUUCACAGUCCCCCAAACUCCUUUCAGCCAUCUCCCCCUGCCAAGAAACUCUCUGGCUUGGUCUCUUCCCAAGGCUUCAGCUGCUCUGUGCCUUUUACUCUGCACUCAUCUAAUGCUUUUCACUUCACACUUCAUACACCAUCACCUUCAAAUUGCCUAGCUGCUCAGGGACAAAUCACUCCCCACCCUCCCCAUACUUAUUUCUUGCUCAGCUCAGCUCCCAUCAGGCCUCUGCUAUCCCACAGCUCUCCCAGGGGAUAUGAACACAGGAUAUUCUCAUUUGCAAGAGACAAGCUGCUGGCACACUAAUCAGCUUUAGGGAGAUCUAGGAUUACUCACAAAUCAAACACAGUGGCCACCGACACUCCUUGGUAAUAACACCAACAGCAUUAGCUAAAUGGAAAUUGCUCAGUGCUGUCUUGUGCACCUCAAGCAGUAUUCCUUCAGAAACAUUUCCAUGAGUCUCUGGCAUAGUUUGUGUCUCAUGAGAUUGGUGCAGAGAAAUUUGGAGUGGACCCGGGCAAGGAGUUUCCCCAGCAGCCUCUCCUCCUGUUUCAGUGCUCUCAGCACACUUCCAUGUCCACAGCUGCUGGCACUUGUCACUGCCCUGUCCCACCAGGCAUUUGCAGGAAGGCAGUGCACUGUACCAGCCUUUUUUCCAUAUUAGAUAAGCCAGUGCAUGCACCACAGCCAGAUUCUACCCUUAGACAUACAUGUAGAAUUCCCUUUAUUUCACUGAAGACAUAAGAACGUACCCAAGAAAGUAUUUUGUGGCAGAAUCUGAAUAUAGCAAAGGAAAAUAGCAGCAGGUGAGUAACAAGCUUGGGGCUUGGAAGCUGCGCAGCUCAUAGCAUGACAGCAAUGGGUGCUGACUGCUGCUCUGUUUUUUUUAAAAAAAUAAAAUAAAUGGCAAGUGAACAAACAAGUGGGAUAUUUUCACUGGUAAUUUAUAGCAUACUGUCACUCAGCUUCACAUUUGUCUCUACCAAUAACCAAAGCUGAAGUAUUUUCACCAGAGAGAAGAUAAGCCUGAUUUCAAAUUAAGUGAUUUCCAGAUGCUUUCAAUAUUCAGCACAUACAUCAAGUCCUAAAAAUAAAAGUUCUGCUUUCAGCCCAGAAUUUAAGAUUCCUAUCCAAAAAGUAUAAUCACAUUAACUAGUAAGCAGUGUACUAUUCUAUGUUACAGUUUCAUAUUACAUUUUACUAGAAUCCUAUUAAGGCUACAUAUAUAUUCUUUUCACAGUGAUAUAAAACCUGAACAAUUUAACUGAAGUAAACUGAGGUGAUAUAUAUUGAGCAAUUUUUCAUUCUUUAACUGAUAGACUAAUAUUUUGUUUCUCAGGAAAAAGAAGCAGAGCACGAUAGCUGUACUUUAUACUUGUACAUGGGUUGUUCAGUUCUCUCUGGUUUGCAGAAAAUGUGAAUAAUAGAAUUUAAAACAGGCCCUUGUUUUUUUGUUGUUGUUUUUUUUUUUUUAUACAUUCAUUAGUAUCGUACUACUUGGGUUGCAUCUUUAAACCUGAAGGUACAGUUGUCAGAGAAGGGCUCUAAUUGGUGUGAUGAAAGAUUGCAGAACCCCUGUUUUCACACAGAAACCCAACAGUAUGUUCCACUCCAGUGUUUGGGCUUACAAGAUAGUAAAGUUACUAGAGUAGUUAUGGUUUGAGUUGGCGAUUUACAGAAAUGGGGUAUGUAGGUAUUUUCCAGAUGUAUUAAAGACUAAAGCCAGAAUUGACUUCGGCAUGAAUAUCUAUUCUGGGGGCAAUUUAUGCAAUUUGUUCAACAAA